AUGAUUGAUGGAUUUAAACCAGAUUUCACGUACAGGGGAACAUUCGGAUUGAUAGCAAACAGAAGAAGCAGAAUGAAACAGGAUGGAGCAUACACGUUCGUAUCACUCAACUCAAGACUGUAUAAAUAUGAUACAGAGGCAAAUGAGUUGGUAGAGACGUAUGGGACAACAGAAUAUGCCAUAAGCAGCUUUAUAGUGAAGAAUGAAUGGAUUGUAAUUGGAUAUGAGAUGGGAAUGGUGGAAAUAUGCAACAGAAACAAGAAACUGAGACUACACAGGAAGAGUGUAACAGCAAUGGGGAUAUUUGAGAAUAUUUUAUGUAGUGGAUCAUCAGAUGGAACAAUUUGCAUCUACGAUUUGGAUUUGGAGACUGAACAAAUUGUGAGUUGCAACAGUGCAGUGGUACAGAUAGAAAUUGGAUCAGAGAUAUUUGUAGCAUGUGGAGACAAAUCGAUUAGGAAAUAUACGAUAUCAGGAAGUGCAGUUGAUAUGAUUCUAUUUGAUGAUCACAUAUUUGAUUUUAUACGAAGAGAAUCAGAACUAUUCGUGAUUUGUAAAUCAGGUGGAUCGCAUUUUGUGGAUUUGAAGACCAAUGAAAUCAGGAAAUUCAUAGACUACAACAAGAUCAAAUCAGUGAACUGUUUUGGAGAUAUUCUGAUGGUAUUCUGUGGCAUCAAAAUAUACAGGUAUAAAAUGACCAAAAAAGAAGCAUUUGGAUUGCAAUUACAGUCUACAUUUGCAGUGGGAGACAAAAACAUGCUGAGUGUGAUGAUGUUUGGAAACAAAUACGUUGGAAUAACCCUACGAAACAAAUUGGUUGUUUUUGAUGAGAAAAAGGAAAUUAAGAACUAUUUGAAUUUACAUGAGACUGAAAUAAUUCAAGUUCAGGUUGAGGAUGAAAAUGGGCAUUUUUAUACGUUAAGUAAAGAACGACUCAUAAAGUGGGUUGUGGGAGAUGAAAUACUGGUUGUAGAAAACAAGGUGGAUUUGGAUGCAGCUAGAGCAUUUCUGAUAAUCAAUAGCAACAUAUUCAUAGCAACUAGUAAUAUGAUAACGGAAUAUAACCCGAUUACACUCAGCCAAUUGAAUCAAUUCGACAUCAAUGCUACUAAAAUGUGUCUGUACAAUGAUAUAUGUGCAGUAUGCUACGAUAAGACUGUCACAUUCUACACCGACUGCUUUAAAACAAGACUACGAGAAUUUGAGUUGCCUGAUUCAGUUUCAAGCUGUGAAUUCAGUAGAGAUGGGCUCUUUACAGUGGGAUGUGUGGAUGGUAAGGCGUAUUUGUACAAUCAGAUUGACUUUGAUACGACUGAAAUGGUACAGAAGUUCUGUUUGUAUGGUCACUCCCUGCCAAUCAGAUCCAUAUCAUUUUCACCUGAUAAUAAGUUGAUUGCAACUUGCUCAAUUGAUAAACUGGUCAAAUUGUGGAGCAUGGAUUUCGGAGAAUGCAGAAAGACAUUCGUGGGUGAUUCACAGAAUGUUGAAUUCGUCUCUGGUGAUGAAUUUGAUGAUGAUCUGUGGUUCUAUUCCAAUAAUUCAAUUGUCUAUCAGGAGAAAUUCAAUAGGCUGAAAUAUUUUAAGGCAUUUUCAAGUGGAAUUAUCAAAAUAUGCGGUAACAACAUGAUUUAUACAGAGAAGAGUGGUGUUUCACUCUUAACAAUGAAUAGAGAGGAGUUGUUGCUAGAGAAAGAAGAAGUAUCAGACAGAAUGGUCAAUAAGGAGGCAUUUAUUACGGAUGCAAGCAACUAUGAGAAAUUUAGCAAAUAUCUGAUGAAAUUAUCGGAUAAUUUUACAGGGGGGGUUAGUAACGAAUUCUAUGGAUUUAUUGUUGCGACUGAUUUCGUAGAAAUGGAGCAAUUUGUGCAUUUGUUGGGUGUGAAAGAUGUGAACGUGAUCAUGAGAGUGAUAGAAAACAACUUAGAGGGAAAUACAGUUUUCAAUGGCAGAUUGUUGAAUGUUUUGAUCAGGUUCCAUCAAAGGACAGUAGAGAAGUAUGAAAAUUAUAAGGAAAUUGUGAUACGAAUCCAUUCAAAGCUGAAGCAAAUUGAAGAUGCAAUCUAUGAUAAUGACGCAGUGAUGAAGAUGGAGAUGUAUGGAAUAUAUGAAUAA